CUAUAAAACGUUCAUCUAAAUUCUUACAGAAGCAGCCAGUGCAUGUGCUCCGGGUUAACAUGUCAUAUCGGCAUUGAGGAAGGGCGGUCAAGUCGAUAUUUACAAGAUGUUGGAACUAGUAACAGACAUGGCCACCUCUAGAAGUGUUAAAUACCAUAGCCUAAUGGCUGCAGCGAUUGUUUGUGUCAUCCCUUUCAUUCACAUAGGAAUAAUCCAUAAAAUGAUCUGGGUUCCCAACAAGACUCCAGUAAAUCGAACAGCAUGUCGGUGUGAUUGCUUUGACACAGUAUAUAAAGGGACAUAUGAACGACCAGGGAAAGCUGGCUACAAGCACAUGUAUUUCAAUGCCACAUUCGAGAUGAUAGUCAUAUGGAUUAUAACGCUUGUAACAAUCAUCUUAUCCUACGAGUCUUUCAAACAUCUUAUUAACCUUUAUGUUAAUAGAAACGUUAGAUGGCGAAUGUUGUUGUUAUUUAUUUUAGACAUUCAUCCAAAUUAUUAUUCUUUUUGGUCAUAUUUCAAUUACAUGAAUGAUGGAUUUUACGACCAAUUUUACCACCAGUUAUUUUUUACGAUAACGGAACUAUUUUCAACGUGGAAUGUCUUCCGGUUGUGUUCGAAAGAUUCCAAGAUGGAGUCGGGAUCCGUUAUAUCCAUAAUCGUGAUAAGUUUGGUGCAUAUUCUCAUUGGUGGAGUUGAUCAAUUUUUCGUCCAACUGAUAUUAUGGAGAGAUAAUACCUUUCAAAGAUUUAGAAAUUUAGGUUUCCUACUGCCGGAUGUUUUACAUGUGAUUUUAACCGUCAAGGAGUUUACCAAAGAAAAACAAACAUCAUGGAAAUACGUGUUCACCACGGAAGAGCUCAGAUUUGGAUUAAUUUUUGUAGUUACCGGUUUUGUUGUAGGAAAACUAUUGCUUAGAUGAAGGUGUUCUCGUUUUUUCUUCAUUUUAUUAGUAUUGAUGAGUAAUAUUCCAGCUUGCUAAAAAGUGUACGGUUCAUCGAUAUUUUGAUAAGAGAGACAACUCUUUAGGGGAUAAAUGUCUAGUAUUACAUUUUCAACAUUGAAAUACUGGUAUUUAUUUACUGAAUAAAAGUCAUAUUCUGACACAGUGUGAAAAGGUAUCAAAGUGGUAUUCUAACAGUGUGAGAAUAUCAGAAGUGCGGCAAAACUCUCCAUUUUCCUUCCCUUAACGAAGAGUGUUUUUAACAAAAUUCCUGGCCUGUUACAUGUAUAAGAUUAGAGUUAAUGAGCCAUCCUGAGAGAGACUUAUUAUAAUAGUUAUACUGCCAAAGUUUUUCCAAAUAUGUCUUUUGAAAACCAUGUUUACAACGCUUUUCAAUCUUGCAAACGCUUAGCUAUAUUGUCUCAACCUUCAACUAUGAUGUCACAGCCUAUGGCACUGUGUUACGAAAAGACAGAAGUAAAGGGAAAAUCUAAGAAAAUGUAAUAAACAGAAAAUUCAAUGUUUUAUACUCGUGAGACAGGAUUUUUGUUUAUAUUUUCACUAGUGCUUCGCACUCGAGAAAAUAUAAAAAGAAAAUCCUGUCCCACUCGUGAAAUAAAUUUCAAAUUCAUCUACAAAACAAUGAAUAUCCUCUAUUUAUUCUUACCUAACUUUGUCAAGUGAAAUCUUUUUGUCUGAUUUGGCCACGAACGUUUUGCUUAAACUGAUUUUAUUAUACCCCACGCAACAAGUUGCGUGAGGUAUAAUGUUUUUGACCCGUCCGUCAGUCAGUCAGUUUGUCAGUCAGUCAGUCCGUCAGUCCUGUUGUUUUGUCAGCGCAACUCCUCAUAAACCACUGCACAGAAUUUCGUCAAACUUUGCAGUUAUAUAGAACAGAAUGUGUAGAUUGCAUAUUACCAGGAAAUUCCGAUUCCUUUAUUUUUUCUGAGAAUUUCGGCACUUUUCAACUUAGAUUUUUGGCCAUAUCUUGAAUAUAGAGAUGAACAGUUUGUCAGUGCAACUCCUCUUAAACCGCUGCACAGAAUUUGGUCAAACUUUGCAGAUAUUUAUUACACAGUGUGUAAAUUUGCAUAUUACCAGGAAAUUCCGAUUUCAUUAUUUUUCUGGGAAUUUCGGCACUUUUCAACUUAGAUCUUUGGCCAUAUCUUGAAUAUAGAGAUGAACAGUAUGUUAGUGCAACUCCUCUUAAACCGCUGCACAGAAUUUAGUUAAACUUUGCAGAUAUUUAGUACACAGUGUGUAGAUGUGCAUAUUACCAGGAAAUUCCGAUUCCAUUAUUUUUGCCUGAAGAAUUUUGCCUAUUAUUGAAGAAACUUUCCAGCUAGGUAAUAAGGAAAUCCACUGGAAUCAGCUUUUGUAACGAAAUUUUAUGUGAAAUAUUUUAUGACCUUAGAUCAAAAUAUUAUGAUUUAACACACACAAACAAAAUCUUGAAAUCUUGGAUAGAUCUUCCCCCCCCCCCCCCCCCCCGACACACACACAAAUUGGUGCUUUGCCUUAAAUUAUUUUAUAAGUAUAGUAUAUAAACAAAUUCAUAUGACUACAUCAUAAUUUUGUUUCCAUCAAUUAUUUAAAUGUGUAAAUUGUCAUGUGUUGGACAUGGACUUACACUCAUUAACAAAUCGAAAUCACUGAGGAAUUUAAAUAACAGUUUGUCAGCAUAACUCCUGCACUGAAUUUCCUGAAACUUUGUAGGUAUUUCAGAUAUAAUGUAUAGAUUUGUAUAUUACCAAGAAAUUUUGAUUCCAUUAUUUAUCUAGAAACUUCAGCUCAAUUAAAUUUGUAACAUACAAAUAUAUGCAAGAAGUUUUGAUGUGAUGAUUUUUUGCAAGUAAUGCCCCUUUUUGAAUUAAACUAUGUAUUUAAAAUCCACUGUGCCAUUCAGUGCGUGUUGCAUUGUCGAGUUUUGGGGGAGCGUGGGGUAUGUGAGCUUGCUCACUUUUUCUUUCAUUUUCUUAUAAAGAACAUUUCUUUUGGAAAGUCAUAAACACUAAAGCAAUAUUGUAUAUUGAGUAAAUAGAGUGAUCAUGAAUCUUAAUUUAUUCAUUACGUUUCAUUUUGUAAUAACUUUCUAAAACAUGUA